AUGUCCCGAGCCACUGAGCAGGAAUACCAACCAGGACAGAAUGUUUGCUGGCUCUGCGAUCUCCGGAUCAUCUCGAGCGAAAGAGCAAAUGCUUGCGAGUAUAUCGCAAGGACCGAGGCCAGAAGACUCGGGUUCCCAUGUGUGGCCAUUCGGAGAGUAAACCACAACACGGUACCGGCAGACCCGCACCUCACUGUCUUUAUAGGUGAAUCCCUCGAAAACGUCCAGCUCCAGGGACAUAUCUACAUAAUCGAAGGCCCAGGAAGGGUUCCCUUGAGGAUAGCCCGCCCGCACGAACGGUGUAUUAUCCGGGAUGGCUCCAGACAGACGGGGACCGAGUACUGGGGCUUCAACGGAUCAUGCGGGUAUAAAACAAGGUAG